UUUUUUAAUUCCGCGCAUUAAAACUAACAUGAAGUCACACUGGCUUUUUCAAGAUAAAAAUUCCAUAGGAUGAUUCAAUCACAAUUGCCUAGAAAUAAUAAACUAUACUAUAUAUUAGUACUAUAGUACGUAAAAUUAAUAAAAUUAUUUGCAUUUUUCACAUUAUCAUAAUCGGUUUCGUUUCUUUAACUCUGAUGUCAUGACUUAGCAAGUUUCUCUAUGAUCUGUAUAUAAAAAUAAUGAACAGCUGUAUUGCGAUGUAUCAUCGUUGCAAUUAUCACAAAGAAGAAAUUAUUUAUUAAACUCGUCGUGAUACAUCUUGUUGCAUUUACGUCAAGAGACUGCAACUUUAUAGAUUGCCAAUACGUCGUAUCGAAGAUUCCGUUUUCCCACGACAACGACGAAACGAGUUAAUGAUAAUGAUAAUGGUCGUUGCCUCGCAUUAUCGCAGCGCGUUCUUUUCGAAACGCAGGCAUCGCGACUUGGAUAAAGUCGCGACGAUCUAAUCAACGAUAGACUCGUACGCAUACGUAAUCGCCAUUCCCGUAAUUCAUGUAUCAUACCAUGAACUCUCACCACGUGACCACUGUUUUUCAUUGUCUAUCUGUUGUCGAUCUUUUCCGUGUACCUUGUCUAGCUCGAGGCAAUUCCAAUCGAGUGCAGUCUCGUUGUUACACUCGGAGCUUGCGUAACGAACUCGCGCGGCGUGUUCACCAAACCGCUCGAAAUCGCAGUUUACAAAAAUCGCGGGAAUUACGCGUUGCCGGAUUACGACUCCUUCUUUUCCCUGUCAAUUCACGUGUCAUCAUUAGUCCGCCAGCAGAAUUAAUUAGACUCGGUGCGUCAGCGUCGUUCCGCGUCCGAUCGGUCGAUCGACUGCGUUUCGUGACGCCCGGUAAUACUUUCAAAAAGAAUAUUCCACGGAGCUGUGUGUCAAAGAGCGCGCGAGUCAUUACGUUACUGUUACCGGAAGUCCGUAUAUCAGCUGGCGCGUGCGAGUGUUGUGUCACACGCUCGUAGCAGGCGCGGAUCCGCGCAGCCGAUUUCUCCAUUUCGGUUCUUUUUUUUUCUUUUCUUUCUGCCGGUACGGAAUAUCGUUUGGAUGACGAAACGAGAGGGACUGAGAGAGGAAGAAGUGUACCAGCUAAAGAGAUAUGUCGUACGAUUUGAGCUCAUCGUCGCUGCCUCUGUCAUCAUCGCUACCCUCGUCGCCGUCGUCUUCAUCAUCCCCGUCGUCUCUGGAGGUGUCGGACGACCUGAGAGACGAGUACCUCGCCAGGUGGGAGAUCGCGGUGCUGACCAGCAUAUUUCUCAUCACGAUCAUUGGCAAUGGCCUGGUCCUGUUUGCCCUGUACGCCAGGCGAUGUUACCAGCGGCGAAAGUUCACCAGGAUGUACUUCUUCAUCCUGCACUUGAGCAUCGCCGACCUGCUGACGGGUCUGCUUGACGUUCUGCCGCAGCUCGCCUGGGACAUAACGUUCAGAUUUCAGGGUGGCGCGGUGCUCUGCAAACUAAUCAAGUUCGGACAGCCGUUCGGUCUGUAUCUCAGUUCCUAUAUCCUGACGGUGACCGCGAUGGACAGGUAUUACGCCAUUUGCCACCCCUUCAGUUACUGCGCCGUCACGUCUAGAAGAUCGAAAAUGAUGGUGUACGGGGCGUGGGUGCUCGCCGCUAUAUUGUGCGUACCGCAGGUCUUCGUAUUCUCGUAUAAAGAGAUAUCGCCGGGCGUCUGGGAAUGCUGGGCCACCUUUUACCUGAAAUACGGCGAGAGAGCUUACAUUACUUGGUACAGCGUAACGCAGUUCCUAUUACCUUUCAUAGUGCUCGUGUACACGUACACGCAGAUAUGUAGAUCGAUAUGGACGAGCGGCAAGAUGUCGGGAGUCGUUGAUUUCAAACAGGGCAACAAAGCCAGUUUUUCGCUGCGAAAUCGAGAUCCCUUCAUAUCCAAAGCACUGAUCAAUACCAUAAAGCAGACGAUUGUUGUAGUAUCUUUGUACAUCAUCACGAGUAUUCCUUUUAUCGGGUGCGAACUUUGGGCAACGUGGGAUCCCAAAGCUUCCACGUCGCCGUUUUUUACUGGAGCUGCUUUCACUAUUCUCAGUCUGCUAAAUAGUCUCACGAGUUGCGUUAACCCCUGGAUUUACUUUGCAUUCAACAGGGAGCUACGUGCGGCGUUGACCAAUUUUUUCUGCAGAAAGAAAGACUACUCGUUGACUUAUGAUAUAGAUGCACAUCAGAAUGCAUCGGAUGUACCCUCGACGACAUCGUCGUUUAUUUCCAGAAUCUCACGACUUGCGAGCUCAAAAAUAUUCGGGUAAAGAGGGAAGAAAACGAAGUUUGCAUUUUGAGAAGGACUGUUUUGAAUAGAAAGAAUACAUCGUGUGAAUAGCUGAUGCAUACACACGUCAACGGGCAUGAAAAUUUGCUGGAUACGGCAACAUCGAAGCAUUUCUUUCUACAAGAAUAUUUUUUAAUAAAAUACACUUACAAAAAGGCUGUUGAAAUAUUUGUAUUGAACGAAAGAGCCUCACUCUUUUAUGGGAACACCUUAGCCGGCAAUGCAGUUGAGACAUCAGUCUUCUUCACUCACUUGAUAACGUUCACGAUAUCCGAGUUUACGUAAUUUUUCACUGUAUAUUUAAUUCUGUAAACUAAUUCCGUAUGCAUGGUGAAAGCGUGGCGUAAUCGCGCGUUUUCGAGUUUCUGCUCGAUUUCUAUCGUAUUCGUAAUUCUCGUCGCAUCUCCGCCCACGUGCGCCAUUCUUCACGAUCUGUUAUACUUGCACGGUUCCACCUCAUUAGUAUGUCUAUCGGCCGGGUGUCUAUUAUGUUCCCGAUGUUUGUACUCCCAUUUUUAUCCCGAUCAUCCCAGAGACUCUCACACAUAUGGUAAUAUCGCGCACCAGGUGUGGACACUUCACUCGAUCGCCACUAUCGCUACUCUCUUCAUUUUUAGAAGAUAUAUUGUGAUAAUAAAGGGAUUAUUUGUGCGACAGCAUUAACUAUCAUCUAUUGCGAGCAGAAUUUUUCUUUUCUUUCUGGAAAAUUUGCUUUGUUGCGUCGAACAAAGAAAUGAAAGACUAUCUUAUCAUAUCCUAAAAUUUAUAAUUGUUCUACUCAUGGCGUACUCGUAGUCACGGAGCAUUGAAUAGGACGCUUGCUAAAAGAUAUGAAUGCGACAAGGUGGAGCAAUGAUUGCGCGCAACCAUUUCCUAGCUCUUGCUGAAACCGUGAACAGGGCUCACUCGAUAUUCGGUACACUCCUCUCUUCACGGCACCCACCUGUUCAUGGGGAAAUUGAGAACCCCUGGCGGAACACUUGAAUACUUAAUAAACGGAUAAAAUUAACAUUAAUAACGACUGUUCGUGGCCGAUCCACAUCUUAUCCGAGGACAAACGCGGCCGCUAGACCCACGUGAUAUGUACGCCUUACGAGAGUUCGG